AUGACAUCGUCCGUGUCAUCUUCUGGUGGCGCCAUUCCUCAAAAUGCUGCCUCGACACUCGACCACAGCUAUCCGCCCCGGCCUCUGGAGCCCCCUGUGACGAAGGGGACAUUAAGCGAGCUUGAUGUCACCAAGAUAAUACAUAAUCCCAAGUUGCGCCACGACAUUAAUUUCGAUCCAGAACUGCACUUCCGACCCAACCUGGACGGAGAGAAGGGGCGGAGGAAACAGGAAAAGGCGAAUCAGUUCUGGAACACCCUGCGCGACCAACUGAUCCUCUUUGUAGUGGACCGGGAAGCAUUCAGGCGCGAGCAUCCGGUCGGAGAAGACUGGUGCUUGCCAAUUCUGCUCAGAGCCGUGAAGGAGAUCAUACAAACUCUGGUCCCACAACGAGACCGUGACUUCCUCCACGAGGGCUUCAACGUUGAGCUGCUGAUGCAGCAGUUCGACCGGGGCAUCGCAGACCUGGAGAAGGUGGCAUCUUGGCUGUCGGGUGUUUUGAAGCUGCAUUGCGCCCCAAUGCGCGACGAGUGGGUGGAUGAGAUGUACAACGAACUCUCCAACGGCAACAGGAAUAAUGAUAUGGACGAGCUGGUCAAGGGAAUGCGCAGCCUGCUCAGCGUCCUCGAGGCCAUGAAGCUCGACGUCGCCAACCACCAAAUCCGGUGCUUGCGGCCGAUGCUGAUCGAGGACACAGUUCACUUUGAGCAGCGCUUCUUCUAUAAGAAGAUCCAAGGCAACAAAAUGGAUGUCAGUGGGGCCCGGGCCUGGUAUGGCGAAGCGACACGGGCCUACUCUGACUCCGGGAAGCCUCAGCAAAACCGAGCCUUUGGUGGGACAGCCCCGUUCUUUGAGGCUCUCUCGAAGCUGAUCCUCCCCUCCACCGCGAAAGAGACUAUACCGACUACGUUCUUGUUCGACGAGGAGCGCAUCGUCAAGCUGCGCUCGGAUAUGCUCGACGCGAUUAAUCUCGAGGUCUGCAUGAGGCUCUACGACGACCUCGAGCGCGUCUCGCGGGUUCACUCCAUGACGCCCUCUUUUCCAGCGCCUACUUCAGUGCCUGCGUAUGUCAUGGAUGAGGACGCACCAUCACAUAGCAACAGAAAUUCUGGGGACUUCAGCUUCAUGGCCACUGCCUCGUCCAGGCCGUCCAGCCUGGCUCUAUCUGCCUGCGGCUCUACAGACUCGUCGCCUCGAAGCUCUGGUUACAUUGUGCUUCAGCCGCCCGCGGCCGCCGACACUCCAGAAGCGACAGCUGCGAAGGCCAACACCGUCUAUGACUCACUUGUUGCGCUGCUGAACACAGCACCGCAGAGCCAGAGGCCCCACCAGCGGUGGCAAGGCCUGGUCCCUUCGAUCGCCAUUCAGAUCUUCCGGUUCACGAAUGCACCGCAGGACUUCUUGCCCCAGUUUGAGGCCAAGCUCGCGCAGCACCUUGCGGAGAUGCGGUCAGAACUGUAUCAGGCGGUGGAGAAGCUGUUUUACGGCAAGAUUAUGGCAGAACUUAGCCGGCGAGUCAAAGAAUACAAGGAAUUGAGCGGUGUGGCCCUCUUCUCUGUCGCCACAGGCGGCCGUCUGGGAGGACAAGCCUCUGCGCGGCCGUGGGAGGACAACUCUGAGAUGGAGGGGAUGGAGACUGCGCCUGAGGCGAGGGAAGACACUGCCGUCGACGACAUGGCGGUUCGCCUGGCCCAUCUGGGUCUGUUGCACUGGAGGGUCUGGAGCGAGAUGGCGUAUCUGGGCCGCAUGGACGAGAUGGAUAUCGAGUAA